AGUUAAAACCCUCCAGCUCGCACCCAGAGUCCAGACCCGUCUCCCCUGAAACCCUCUGAACUCCCGAAUCUCUUAUCCAACAAUCCAAUCAUGGUCUAAUUCUUUGAAUUUAGCGGGAAAGGUCUCGACUUUCGAGAAUUGUAAAGCAAUGACGACUCUCUAUCCUUGUCACUUGUUCUCUGCCUCCGCCCACCUCCAGGCCUCCGCCAAAUUCGCCGCCCUUAACAAUAAACCUCCCAAUUCCACUCAUGGCUUCAAGAAGGGUUUGGCACAGUUUAGUGAAGUACAUGCCUUUGGUCUGAGUGUUAAGCCUUCUCGUUCGCUUCAGAAUUCCCGGUACAAUAUCUCAUGUGCUGUGAACAUGACUGCUGGACAGUCGGAUGACCCUGGGCAGAUAAAAUUUCAUCACCUAAUCGCUAAGGCAAGAAAGUUAUGGGAAAGUUCUCCACAGCCAGUCAAGAUGUUCCCUUGGAAAAGAGCAGGGCAUAACUUUAUUCAACUCAUCCUUGACCUUGUACUAGCAGUUGCUAAAUACUUAUGUGUACCUCUGCUAGUAGUUUCAUCUCUUAGUGAGAUGUCCUACUGUGCACAGGAAAGGAAGUUGUUUUUCGUUCCUGUACCUGUCAUCAUUGGAAUGGCUAUUGCUGAAGUUUUAAAACUGGCAGCCUUGGAUGUUUCUCCACUUCUGAAGGAUGCAGAAAUUCCCUGGCAUCUGUUUGUCAUGGCAAUUUUCUUCACACUGCUCAAAUUGCCAGGUCCAUAUUACCCAUUCUGGGGCCGAAUAAUAAUCCCACACAUUGCCAAUGGGGGUUUGUUAAGGACAUUGUGGUUUGCAUUUCUGUGGUACAGAAGACCUCGAAAGGCAUCAACAACAGCAUCAUCACACCAUUCUGAAAGUGGCAGUCAAUCUGAACCAAAUGAACUCUAAUUGUUUCGAACAAGGCUGCACUAGGUGAAAUGUUGUCUAAUGAAGCGAUUUUUCUAAUGAUCAAGAAAUUACUCAAAAGCGGCACUGAUCUGGAGCUAAUGAGUGGUUCUUGGACUGCCUUUGGCUACUCAUGUUUGCCUAAUUAGAAGCCUUCGUUUUUUACUGUUUCCCUCAAUUUUUGUUUCGCUCCCAUUCAGUUGGAGGGGAACAGUUGCAGGUAUCGAAAUAUUCAUGUUGUUAGGUUAUAGCAGCCUAGAAUGUCGAUCAUGCAGCUGGCAUCAAAACAAGGUUUCAAGCAGUUUUAAAUCAGUGUCAAGAGUCAAGACUAAAGUUGUUAUUACUACAUUCAUAGACUGUUGUAGCUCUGAUUUUGUCACCCCGGAUACAAGUCUGCUUCUGCUUGGCCUCUAGGCUAUAACCAACAGACAUAGUGUAUUAGAGAGAUCAGUUGAGGAAUUCUGCUUCUUUCACAUUGCCAUUUUGAUAUUCAAUCCCUUGUUUUCCAUUUCCUUCCAUUUGGAUUCACUUUGUAAACCAGAAUGGGAUAUAUUCCAAGAAAUACAUGUUUUCUUUGACAAA